AUGGCUCUUGAAGAAACUGCCUGCUUAGAAGUAUUGAGAGUUUUAGAAGAAGCUGAAAUUAGAGCAGAAGGGAAGUAGCCUAGCCAAUAUUAUAAUGCCCAAAAUAUUAUGGAAGGUUGGUUUGUGCAAUAACAACAAUUAGGUAGUGGAUAGCUUAAUUACUUUAUAUUUAUCAUAAUUUAUUAUAUUUUUAGAACUAUCUGAUCAUAAGUUUCUACAAAAGUUUAGGCUUAGUAAGGUAUUGGUACAAGAGUUAAUAGAAGUAUUAAUAUUGCACAUGAUUAAACUAAGCAGAUCAUCUUCAGCCCCAAUUAAAAUAAAAUUUAAAUCAUAUUUAUUUAUUUCUACGUUAUCAAUAAAAUUAACUAUUAGGUUAAUUAUGAUUAUAUAUGUUGUUAAUUAUUAAUAGGUUUUAACAGCUUUGUGGUUUUUUGCUAGUAAUUCGUAUCAACUCGAUAUUGGUGACAAACUGAUAAUAGAUCAUCAGCAUCAACUCAGUCAUUUGUUAGUAGAUGUAUCGCUGAAGUAUCAAAUGCGUUGAAUCAGCCUGAUAUAAAAUGAUAUAUUAGCUUCCCUGAUAGUUUUGAAAAAUUAAAUGCAGUAUGUAGAGGGUAAAUAAAAUAAUUUUACUCAUACCUGACUAAAAUAGCAUUAAUGAUUCAUUUAUAUUAAUAUGGGAACUUAAAAAUGAGAUUUAUGCACUCAAAAUUAAACUAAAAUGAAAAAAAAAAAUAAUCAAAUAUUAAAUUAGAAUUGUUAAUUAUUAAAAAUGUUUUUAUUAGCUAUUUAUUAAAACGCAGAGUUUUACAUUUUAAUCCAGACCAAGCUUCAAAAAUUAUACUGUCAUAUUGUAUUCUUCAUAAUAUCUGUAUCAAUGCAAAUUUUCCAGUUCCCCAGAGAGAACCCCUACAGUUCAUUCUUAAAUUGCUGCAUGUCCAAGAGUACAUCAACUUAUCAUAAGAUCAUAUUUUACUUGAUAGAAUUUUUUUUUUUUGCAAACAUGAUAUUAUAAUUGAAAUAAAUAAAAAUAUUAUUACAAUAAUUGACAACAUUGAAGUCUAAAGCAUUAAUAGUAUAUUAAUAAUAAUUAGUUUUAGAACUUAAUAAUCAUUUAAUAAUCAGUCUCUUUCUAAAAGCAAUAAUUUUUGUUUUAAUAAUUAGCUUUCAAUUAGUUCUUUCUGGACUAAUAUAAAAUAAUAUUGCUCCUAAUAAAAGAUAUAUUUUAGAUCAUUUAUAAUAUGCAAUAAGUAAAAUGUAAAUGACAAAUGAAACAUUUGAUUCAAUACCACAUUGUCGCCAUUUGUAUUAUUAGUUACUAAUCGUUAGGUUUAAUAUUAUAGUGAAUUUACCUAUUGUCAUAAAUGAGCUAUGUUACAUAAGUUACAAGUUAUAUAACUAAUAUAACUAGUAUUAACAUUUAAAUAUUGUAAACAAACCACCAUACAACAUACCUACCAAAAAUUACUGAUGUUAAAUAAUAUUCUUGACUAAGAUAGAUAAUAAAUCCAUUCAUUCUAAUAUUAACACACAAUUUGUUCUACUGAAUGCAAAUUUGCUAUGCUCUAAGUUUAUAAAUACUAUUUUAAUUAUUCAAAUAAUAGAAAAGAGGUACAGAAUCUGUAGGAACUAUUCAUAGAUUUUAAAAAUGCCUAAGAUAGUAUCCACAGUCUCUACAAUAUCAUAUUCUUGCUAGGUUUCCAAAAAAAUUAAUAACACUAACUAAAAUGCGUAUGGAAAACACGAAAUACAGAGUAUGAACCGGGCUGAAUCAGGGGGGUGCCCUGUCCCCAGUACUUUUUAAUCUUGCACUAGAAAAGGUAGUAAGGAAACUACAAGAAAAUGAAGGUGGUCUACUAAUUGGUCAGGACAAGACUCUUCGGGUAUGCUGAUGAUUUGGAUAUUAUAAGUGACUCGCUUGCAAACACAGCUAGAGUGCUAAAAGAAGCAGCGAAGAGAAUAGAUCUUGAAAUAAAUACUGAGAAGCCAAAGAGAAUGGUAUUUAUUGAGAGUGGGGAGAACUCCAACGAGAUGGAGGACAAUAACCUAUGAAAAAGUUAGCAAUUUUAAAUAUCCAGAAGAAAAAAGUAAGAAAAAGAAGCACAAAAAAUGAAUGUUCCAAGGAAAUAAGUGUUUAGAUAAAAAAAGCACAAGAAACUUUCUACGCACUGAAAAAGUUCCUAACAUCCAAAAUGUCGUCUAGGAGAACAAAAUUAAGACUGUAUGUGGUUAUUAUAAGACCAACUCUCGUGUAUGGCUGCAAAGUUUGGACCAGACAGAAAGAAACCUGAAGACUUUUGAGAAAACAGUAUAGAGGAAAUUAUGUGAGCCCAUCAUCAAUGAAACAAUGCAGAGGAAGUCUGCUUUCUUUUUUGUGUUUGUUUUUAAAUCAUGUGUCUGAAAAAUAUAUAACAGGUUAGGUACAUAAAACUAAAGUACAUAAAUAUGUAUAAACAAUAAAACUUAUAAUUAGUAAAUAGGGUUUGGAUUUGAAGGUAAUUCUUGUAUAAAAAUGUGAUUCACCUAAUUUCUAUGCUAAUGGGUUAACAUUGUUUUUGUUUGUUUUUUAUAUGUUGUAUUAAUUUAAUAUUGAUCAAAGCCAUUUUAUUUAUAUUUACUGUAUAAAUUGAUAGUAAUCAAAGCUAAGAUUUAUAUGCAACAGCAUGGUUUUUUGUGACUUUCGAUUAUUUCACGAUUCACCUCAUGAUGAGAUAAAUGGUGGUGUUUUUAUUUUAUAUGUUUUCGCACAUUUUGGAUAAAAUGCAUAUUAUUGCAUAUAUUGAAUAAAAUGAAUAUUAUUACAUAUUUCAAUUAUACGAAUGCGAAAAAUGCAUGUUUUACUAUAUAUUUCGUAUUUAAUUCUAGCCCUGCUGAUUAAAGUAUAAAACUUGAUUUUUUUGUCAAACAUACAUUUUAUUUUUAUAAAUACAAUCCUAUGGUACAAUAGAUAUGCGAUAAAAGAUUGAAUAGUUUGCUGGAGAAAGACUUCAUGAAAGUCUAUAGACUAUAACAAAUGCUAGGAAUCGACUUCUUGAGUGUAAAGGAAGAGUCACAGAUAAAGUUAAAAACAAAAUAUCUUUGGUUUUACAAAAAACUAAAAGAUUUAAAACUCUACAAUAAAUAAAUUGCUAAUUAGACAAGGACAAUUUCAGUUAUAAUUUAAUACUAGGACAAAUUUCUUUAUUUAAAAAUGCACCAAAUGUGACAUUGAAUGGAGCUUCAGUCAAUAUAUUCAAUACUACGAUCCAAUUGCUAAUCAUUUAUAUUCGAAAAUUUAAAAAAAUAUGUUGUAGAAUGUAACAUACGUAUUUCCACUAUUGAAUGUGAAUUAUAAUUUUUUUUUUUUUUUCUAAAUUUCCUAGACAUUUUUUUUUUAAAUGAUAAAAGAAUCAUUAUAAAUAUAAAUCAAUAGAAGUAUUUAUACACACAAUGUAAUAUAUAUAUAUAUAUAUACACAAAACUUGUGUGAUGUUUUACUUCCAGUGAAGCAGCCCCAUUCUUAAUUUAAUAAUUAGACUAAGUCAAAUGGUUUCAAUCGAUUGAGUUGUCGAGGAGUUGUAUGGCAGCCUUAUUUGUGUGAAGCUCCAGUCUUCUUGCAUGUUUGAGAGCAAACCGGGUAAUUUCAUCCUGCACACAAGACAUUUUCAAAUCGUGAUAGAUGAUGUUGUUCUUAUCAUACCGAUAUGGACUACUGGCACAACCCGACAGUUGAAACCAUAAAUCCAAAUUGGUUUAACAAUCAUUAAGCUGGUUAAGUCUAGCUCGGAGUAGCAUCCUGUGCUGAAUUAUUUUACGGAAUUAUCUGCUGAUUUAGCGUGACUGGGAUGCGUGUGGUUUUACGUAAGGUGUAGUUAAUGUGCACUGACUUAUCUCCAUAUAUUUUUAUUUUUCAUCGUUUCAUCCAGUUGUAAACGGUGUUGAUUGUAGUCUGUAGGAUCUCAGUCGCAGCUUGUUGGUCCUUCCUUAUUGAUAGUUGAAAUAUCAGCUGUAAUAUUAAUGUAUUUCUAUAAAUAUUUUUGUUUAUCUUAUAAAAUUUAAAUGCCUAUUUUACAAUUUUUUAUUGCAUACAAAUUUUGGCCACAAUAAUAAUCAUUAAUUGUUAAAAUACAAUUACAAUAAUUUGCGUUAUUUUUCUGUCUGUCACCAUUUUAGGACAGUAAAAAUGUUUAGAUUUUCUACUUAAGCAUAUUUUCUGAAAAAAAAAAAAAAAUGAAUCUAGUUUUGCAUUCAAGAGGUCAAUAUUGAAUAUCUCUGUAUUUUAACACUUGCUAUAUUUAUUAUUUAAAUUGAUUUCAAAUUCAAACACUAAUAAUAAGAAAUUAAAAUUAUAUUUUUUUUCUAUUAUAAAUAGGUAUUUAGUAUUUUACCUUUCUCCACUUGUUCCACGUUUACUCGGUCAAAACUCAUCAUUCAACUUAUUAGCAAUGUUUUCCCAUAGCUUUUGACGCUGUUUUACUGUAGAUUUUAUAGUAUUUUUCCUUUAAACAAGUUCGGGAUGAAUCACUGUAACAUCUAUCAACAUAUUUUGUCUGUUUGUAAAAUUAUAUUUUUUACAUUUUUUAAAAUUCAUUUCACUAGAAAGUAUAGGAAAUAUAUUAAUAAAUUAAUUAUAGGUAAUACCUACUGUAGGAGCAAUUUACAACUUCAAAACUUUACUAUUUCAUUGUGAUAAAAUGACAAAUGCAAAAAAAAUAUAAAGAAGGAAAUGUCAUAUGACAAAUAGAAAACAAAAGAACUUAACUGAGUAAGUACCUACCAUGGAUUCAUAUACCUUUUAAGGUAGAUCCUAUAUCGUGAUAAUACCUACGCACUAAAGCACUAAUCAAUAUUAUUACCACAGUUAAUAAAAUAAUAAUUUGUCAAACAAAUAAAAUAUUUAAAGAAAAAUCAUCAAAACUGCUAAGACAUUUUACAGAGUGACCAACUACAUUUUUAAUAUUUUGUACGUUCAAGUUAUUUACAUACCAAUUGGUGGUAUUUUUAUUUCCUAAAAGCAUAUCAUGUAUAUAGUCACAAUAAAGGUAUAUGUAGGUAAAUAAUCAUUAAUUUGAAUGCAAUUUAAAUGGUUUUUUUUAAAAUAUUAAUACAUAAUAAAUAAUAAUUAUAAAGCACUAAUUAUGUUUAACUAGUUUAAUUCAUAUUAGAUAAAUGUAAAAUUAGUAAAAUGAACUGUUGAUUAUACUUGAUCAAGUUUACAACCGCUGUGUACAAUUUUGUUAAUUAGACCACUUGGCAAUCUCAAAUUAUAUAAACGUUCUCCAGUGAUAAACCCUCAUGGUCUAUCCAUUCUUAAAUCAUAUAUUAUUGUAUCAUAUAUGAUAUAUAUGAAUAUAUGAAUAUACGAGAUAUUUAAUUCGUAUUCAUUAAUUUAUAUAAUUAUUUCUAAUUUUAACAAUUAAUUAUAGGCGUUUGUGCAUAAUCAACAACAGACGACAAUUAUCACCGAAAUGUUUUCAAAGAAUGCAAGCGUAUCGUCAUGUGACAUUGAGUACAAUUUGGUAGUUGCACUUCCCAGGCUCACAAAAGAUGAAAUCCAAUCUUGGAAAAAGAAGUGAGUACGCCAUUAUAAAUAACUAAUAAACUUUACCUAGGUAAAUAAUUAGUAACGAGUGUACUUAAUAUAAAUUAAUAUAUACAAGAUAAAUAUAAGGUAUCCCACGAAGAUAUCGACGCUCAAAGGCCAUGUGUCGUAAUCCACAAAAACUUAAUUUUUCAACAGACACUUUAAACGUGUUAUUUACCUAUAUAGUUUUUGAUUGUAUUAAUUAGUGUUUGUUUAUUCUGUAAUACUUGGAGAAUCAGUUAUCUUAAGAAUUGAAAGUUUGUAAUAGGUAUUUACAUCGUUAAUUUAGUCUUAUUUAUGACCUAGUCGAGGGUUACAACAUUUGGCCACAUAAUAGUUAUAAUUAUUAAUAUUCGUGAUAAUAAUAAUAACAUUGACUGUAUUAAAGUAACUACAUUUGACAGCGUAUUUCACAAUUUUAUUACCAAACCAUCUUUUUUUUUUAUGUUCAGUUCUUAAUUUUUCUUAAUUUAGAUGUAACAUGCGAUAUGCAAAACAUAUUAUUGUUUCAUAGAAAAUGUUUACAAUACCUAAAACUUAUAGAUUAACAUCGUAAUGGUUAUAAUAAAGAGCAGAAAUUAAAAAAGGGUUGUUGUACUGUGAUAUUAUCGACAAUAUUUCGUUCUUUUUGAACAAAUCUAAGAAUAUUUAGGAAAUAACUGUUACAUUUUUGCAAUUGUAUCAUACUUACAUGCCUGUUGACUCUGUGCAUGUUACCAUAGUAACAAAUUUAAAAAAUAAAAUUGUGUAGGCACUUUCAGAAUAGACGAAAUUAUGGUAAAUGCAAGAGUGAAUCAAAAACCAUAUGAUGUAUAUAAAAUUAUUCUGAAAGACUUUAUGGAUUUUUAAACUAUUACAGCAUGAAAUCCUUCCAAAAAUAGUUUAAAAAAAGGAAUGUUCUAUCAUGCUCUCCCAUGCUCUGUCAAAAAAAUGCAUUAGCAGAGGAGGACAAUGAUAACAACCUGAUUUAAUAGUUUUAUAAUAUUUUUUUCAAAACAAAAACAAGCUGGUUUAAUUUUCCCUUUUUUUUUUUUUAUCAACAAGUAUAUUGGUGUACCUACUUCAACAAAUUUGGAAUGUUUGAUUUAUAUUUCAGCUUUCAGCAUAUGGGUUACAGCAAAGUGGCAUAAUGAAAAAAGUCUAAUGACUUAAGUUGUCAAAUGAUAAUAUUUGUAUGUGACUUACAGCAUUUUUCACUGUUAUUACAUUGGGUUACAGUGUUAAAAUAAAUAAGCGAAUAAAUGAGUAGCUUCGAGUAUGAUGAUAAAUGUAUUAUAUGCGUUUCAAAUUCUAAAUUUAUCAACAGGUUUGUCACAGUCCAAAUGUAAAAUGAAUUGAAUAUCAAAAACUAAACGAAGGAAUACAUAGAAAAAAAAUUAUAGAAAUAGGUCAUUUUACACAGAAAUAAUUUAUUUUAAUAGGACAGAUUAUUUAAAAUGGUUUAUUAAUAGGCAUAGAUAUGUGAAAAAUUAAACAUUUUUUAUUAUUUGUAAUUAUUAACUAAAAUGUAUUGAUAUAAGAUAUUAUUUUUAAAAUCGGUUUGAACAUUAAAAAUAUUAUUAAAAAAUUGUUUUAUUUCAUUGUGUGUAAUUCUGCUAAAACUGAAUUAAUAUAAAUAUUAUUUUAAGUAUUUAAUAUCUCUGAGUCUGUAUUUAUAUCAAAAUGUAUAUAAUGGUAGUUUUCUAAAACACGUUUAGCGAAAUUUGAAUUCGGUGCAGCCUUUUUUAAUUUUUUUUCAGAAAGCUGUUCUUUAUAUCUUAUGUUAAAAUUUAUUACAUUUACAUUUAGGUUUAUAUAUACUGGUAUUUUCAAGAGAAAGAGAAUUUUUUGUGAAAUUUUUAGUUUUAUUAUUUUCAUGUUUAGUUAAAUUAUUAUUAGUCUUAAAAGUGAUUUUUAAAUUAUUUGAAUUAUUGUUCAGAAUUUCAGUAAAUUCGUUAGACAUAUUAUUUUGAUAUUUUAUACUACAAUAGUUAACAACAUUAUUUUUGAGUCGUGUAUUAUUUUCAAAUUGAAAUUUUUUCUAUGGGCUAUAAUUAUUACAGAUAAUAUUGAGAUCCUGUUGAUAAUUAUGUUUAUUUAAUGGAAUAUGUUCAAGACUAUAAAAUAUUGAAUUAAAAAAUGAUAUUUUUUGAGAAUAAGGGUGAUUAGAAUCCUGUGGUAUUAUAGAAUCAGUUUGUGUAGGUUUCCUGUAAAUAUUAAAAUCAAAUUUAUUGGUUAUUAUGGAAACUGUAAUAUCUAAGAAAUUUAAUUAAUUGUUCAUUUUUUGUGUCAGUUGAAUGUUUUUAUUUAGUUUGUUUAAGUAGUUUACUAAAUUUUUUACUUGUCUAUUUGAACCUCUAAAUAAAAUGAACCUGCCUUCAACAUAUCACAAAAAUAUAUUUUAGUUAAUUAUCAUUUUUGUGAAUAUAAUUUAUUAUUAUAUUGGGAAUUGUUUUGAUAAAUAAUGACAUUCAUUGGUUGAAUAAAUUCUUGUACUUUGUAUUAAAUUUAUUACACUGUAUAAUUUAAUUGUUUAAAAAAUGUACUGUUUCAUAGAAUGGAUGUAUAUACAUUUUUAAUAUCAAGAGAAAUUGUUUUUAUAAUGUGACUAUAUAUUUAUUUUAUUAAUGUUAUCACUAAUUUCGUAAGUUUUUUUUUUAUAGAAGUAUCAGUAUUCAUAUUUAAUUUUUCUUUUAUAAGAAAGUCUAAAUAUUUAGCAAGGGUAUAAGCCGAAGCAGUUUGAAAGUCACUUAUGAACGAAUUAGAUUAUCAUGUUUAUGUUAUGUUUAUUAUUUUAUGAAUGGAUGUAAGUGGAACCUCUAUUUUGUAAUCAGAUUUUAAUAAUAUUUUUUCUUUUGAAAUUUAGGUAUAAUUUUUUUUCGAAUUUGUUAUCAGUUUAUUAAUUUGUUUGGUGUAAAAUAUAGUUGGUUUAUGUGUUAAGUUUUGAAUUUUAUUAUUAUUUAUAAAAUCUAAAGUUUUUUUUCUUGAAUUUCAUAUGACCCAACUUAUGAUUUUAUUGAUAUUUAUAAUAAAAUUAUUAUUGAGAUUCAUAUUGAUUUCUCUUGACAUAAAAAUGUGCAUACAUCCAUUCCUAAACACAAAACAGUAAAUUUUUACAUAGUAAUAAAUUUAAUUCAAACAAAGUACAAGAAAUCAUUCAUUUAAUAAAUGCAAUUAUUAAUCAAAACAAUUUCCAAUAUAAUAAUAAAUUAUAUUGGCAAAAAGAUGGGUUAGUUAUGGGUGUUCCUUUAAGUGAUUUUUUAUCUGAAAUUUACAUGUAAAAUCAUGAAACCAAUAACAUUAUUAACAACAAAAUAAACAGUCCAUAUAUAAAAAUAUAUUAUAGAUAUGUCCAUGACACAUACAUUUUAUUAAGAGGUUUAAAAAGACAAGCAGAAAAUUUAGUUACCUACGUAAACAAAAUAAAUAAAAACAUUCAAUUUACACUUGAAAUACAAAUGAAUAAUAAAUUAAAUUUCUUAGAUCUUACAGUUUCCAUAAUAAACAAUAAAUUGUUACCAUUAUUCUCAAAAAAUAUCAUUUUUUUAAUUCAAUCUUAUAUAGGCUUGAAAGAAUUCCAUUAAAUAAACAAAAUUAUCAACACAAGCUCAAUAUUCUAUAUAUUAUAGCACAUAAAAAUAAUUUCAAUUUAAAAUAUAUUAAAAGAUUCAUCAAUUUAUUAAAGUAAAAAUAAUAUACAACUCACCAAAUAAUGUUGUUAACUAUUAUAGUAUGAAAUAUCAAAAUAAUAUGCCUAACAAAUUCGCUAAUAUUCUGAACAAUAGAAACGAAGCCUUCACAAAAAUCCCCCUUCUUUUGAAAAUACUAGUAUAUGUAAACUUAAAUGUAACUGUAAUAAACUGCUGUAUAUAAGUAAGACAAAUAGAAAUUUUAAAAUACAAUAUAAAGAACAAAUUUUUGAAAUAAAGUUAAAAAGACUCUCCCUAAUUCAACAUGUGUUAGAAAACAAUCAUAAUAUAAGUUUUGAUAUUAAUAUAGACUUAGAAAUAUAAAAUACCCAAUAUAACAUUAGCUUGAAAUGAUAAUACAGGGAAAACUCUUGAAAAAAUCGAAAAAUUGCUAUCAUUAAAAAACUGAACUGAGAUUAUUUAAAAUUUUGUCCAUAUCCAUUUUGUUGGAUAGCUUGUAAAUACUUUGUAUCUAAAUUUGAUAUUAUCAUCUUUUUAUUUUCACUAAAUUCGUGAUUUUUAAAAAAAUUUAAUGUUCAGAGAAAAUAAUUGUACAGUAAAUUAAUUGUAAGUCAUAAUAGUAAUUAACUGAAGAAUGGGAUAAAAACUUGCUGCAUAAUUAUAGGUACUUUUCUCUGAACGUAAAAAAUUAUUAAAAAUCUUGAAUUUAAUGAAAAUAAAAAGUUGAUAAUUCAAAUUUAGAUACAAAAAUAUUUACAAGCUAUCCAACAAAAUGUUUAGUUAUCAAUAUUUAAUAUAGAAUAUUUUUCUAGACAUUUUGAUCUGUAUAACACUUGUAUCAGAUUUGCCAGUUAUGAUUAGUCACUUCUCAAGUUAUUCACUUACCCAUUACACCUAUCCUUAGACAAACUUUUUUUAUUGCUGUCUACCAAGUAAAGUCUCAACAACCUAGACCAACUCUGUUAGUGAUUAGUAAUGAUAUAAUUAAUUUAUAAUAUUUACAUUUUGUAUUAUGCUACAAUUAUUUUAUUUAACCUUUUUUCUCUUUUCUCACCAUUAUACAUACUAUUUUCAACAUCAUGUCUGUUAAUUUGUAGAAUUAAACAACUUUUAGUAACAAUAUUGCCAUGACCUUUGAUUGAGCAACAAAAAUGUAAGUUUGUCAAUAUUAUUUUAUUCUAAAAUUUAAAAUACUUUAUAUAAAUUAAUGUGUAGUUUAAAAAUAUGUACAAUUAACUUACAAAAUCUACGAUACUUGAAGAAUUUAGGUAAGUAGGGACCAAAAUUAAAUAUUUUUCUUUUUAAUCUAUAACAAUGCUUUCCUUGUACAUAUUUUGUUUCAUAUAAAAGAUUAGUUAUAAAAGUGAGACAUAUAAUUGCAUUUUCUAUUAUUAUUAGUUGUUUAGCAUUUUUCUUUAAUUUGGUUAGUUUUAAGUAUAUACAUAUUUUUAAAUUUUACAAAAAUUAGUUUAAAUUUAAGUAAUUCAAAAUAUUAUUAUUUCAACAAGUUUUGUUUUAAUGAAAUUUGUUUUAAUAAUAAUAAACUUUAUUGCAACAAUACAAUAUUGCACCACCUCUUAAAAACAGAGUUUGUGCUGAGGAAGAUAGCUCUCAUCAGUUAAUAAUACAUAAACCUAAACAUAAUGUUAGACAUUAUUAUUAUUAUUUUUUUUACUUAUGUAAUUUUAAAUCCUAUAACUUUAUUAACAUUAAUAAAUAUUUAAUAAUAUAAUUUAUUGUGACACAGCCUAUAUAUAAGGUUAUUGAGAGUUUCUCCCUGUAAUGGAUAUAUCUUAAGAGAAAAUAGAUUGCAUGAAAGCUAAAUAUAUAACUAUUUAUAAUACACAUCAAAUAUUUACCUUACCUGGCUUCAUUAAAUAUUAAGAAACAUUUCCUUAAAACACUUUAUUGAUAUAAUUGAAAUUACUAUACCAUUUUAUUCAUUAAUCUAUAAUUAGUUUACUAUUUUAAUUCAUUAAGAGGAUGUUAUCUCAGUUUGACUACCAAGUAACAUACAAAAACAAUACUUACACAUAAUAAGUGUAAAACUAUCUUAAUUUUGAUUUUAGAGUAAAAGUACCUAUUAUGAAAUUUAUAAAGAACAAUAUUUUCGGAUUUCGAGUCACAUUUAGUACUUAAGUUAAGAUUGCAUAUUAGUGAAUGGACUAUUGAAUUUAUUUCUAUGUAAAUCAUUAGCAGCCAGUAAAUUAAAGCAUAUAUAUUUUGAUUUUAGCAAAUUUAAUUUUAAUUCUUACAGAAAAAUACACAUUCAUUAAAAUCAUAUUUGACUCAUAGUACAUGUUGUCAGUUGUACAUUCAGAUAAUAAAAUAGCAGUAUCAUCAACAAAACCUAGUACUUAUGUUUUUUAGCAGCCUAUUGAAGUGUCCUUGUUUUUGCAUAACUUUUAACAGAUACAAUUUUGUAAUGAGUGUCAUUGGUGUUUUCACCUUGGUCUCUGAAUAAUAUUUGUUUCUUCUCCUUUAUAUUCUUUUUAUUCUUCAUUUUCACCUUCAAUUUUGUGCUUCAUUGAUUUUUUUAUCUUCAUUGUUUUCAUAAUCUUCUAGAGGAUGGUAAGCUUUCAAUUUGGAUACAUGUAUUACAAAUGAAUAGUUCAGGUUACCCUUGCUUUACUGUACAUUCAUAAAACUUUCCAUAUUUAAAAACUAUUAAAUAUUAAUAUUUAUUUGAUAUUAUGUUACAGAAGUAAUUCUCAAAAUACUGAAGUGCCUUGUAUUAAGAUUGAACCACAGGAGCUGGAUCAAGAUGAUGAAGAGACCGUGGAAAUUAUGACUUACAGUUGUAUUGUUUGUAAGAAGAACUACAACAAUUGGGAGAAACUUGUUCUUCAUAAAUAUUUUAAACACAAAAACUACUUACCUUAUAAAUGUGUUAUUUGCAAUGAAGCCUUUAAAUUGCAUGGUUUUCUAAACCAGCAUUUACUAAAACAUGUAGAUUAUAAACAAACUAUGCAACCUGUAUCUGUUCAAACUUCAUCUAGUAAUAGUUUUAAUAAAGUUCCUACAACAAAUAAACAAUUUCAAUGCACUAACUGCAUCUACAAAACUAAAACUGCAGAAAAACUAUCCCAUCAUUUAAGGGUUUGUAAAGGUCCAAUGGAAAACAUGACUGAUACUGAUUCAAAGAAAUGCAAUGUUUUCUUGAAAAACUUUUCAUCUAAAGGUCAAUUAAACAAACAUUUAAGUUAUCACAAUUCCAUCUCAAAUUUAAAUGUUCAAAUUUCUCAUAGAAAUGUUGUUGAUAACCCACAGCCAGUUAAUUUCUCAAGCAAUCAAGAAACAUUAAAUUCAUUGAGAAUUGAUUUGCCAAAUACUAUAAGUACCCCCCAAAACAGAUUUUCAGAAUUUAAAUGUUUAUAUUGCAAAAUUUCUUGUAAAUCUAAACGCACAAGGAUUAAUCAUAUUAAAUCCCAUCACCCCAUUCAAGCACUAGGUGAAAAUUAUUUAACAAAGUUGCCCACAACAUCAUGUCAAUGGUGUGACAUGAUAAUUACAAAACCUAAUUUGAUACGCCAUAUCAAAUUAAAACAUCCCCAUGUUAAACCAUAUAACUGUCCUUUUUGUGACAUGAAAUUUAAAUUUUUGAGUGGAAAGAAAGUUCAUAUUUUGAAAUGCCAUGCAACAAAUUAA